CAUGUCUUAGGGUUUGUAACAGUAUAUGGUUGUUAUCACAUUUUCUCACGCAUUUCUUAUAAAUUAUAGAUUCUGCCCAUCUUUACUCCUCAGUAACUUAACCUUUCUGGCUGUAUUUAUUUUUGUAUUUGUACUUUUCCUGCAGUCCCAAGAUGUUCUGAUUUGAGGUUGUAGUUUGGAAUUUGAUGCAUUGAUUUGAGCCAUUAGGGUGAAGAAGAACCCGAUUAUGAUUACCCUGAACAGACGAGAACCCAGCUAACAAUAUUUGUUUAAUAAAACAUUCAAUCUAUCAAGUUAUCUGGAUGUUCUUAGAGCGUGUUUAUUUAAUGUUUAUGAACAUUUAAGUAACUUUGAUUCAACUUGUGUACAUUUAUAACGUUUAGUUUUGGGAAUUUUACUUUCACUUAAUGUUAGUAUUUGUCUAGCUAGGAGAAAGUAUCUAAUAAAAUGAUGAUACAAACAUAAUUUUGCAACCAUCAAAAUGUCCCAUGUUUUCAGAAUGUAUUUCUGCAACAAUUCAGACAAACCAUCCUAGAACCUUUUCAAAAUGUUCUUUUUUAGCUAGGAGGCUUAUUGUUCUGGUGCACAUAUGUUUCUUUGUUUGUUUUGCAGAAUUGUGGGAACUGAGGCUGUGAAGAAGUUUCGCCACAAUGCAAAAUCAGAGUGAGGUGGCGGUAAACUCAACGACCGGCAAGAACGUGUCUGUGAUUGUGAAGGUUUGCGUGGUCAUCCCGUUCUUCUGCGUCUUCCUCUACUGCAUCAUUCUGAUGCUGCACACCUUCGCCUCCCACCGGCAGUUCUUCGACAGUUCCCGCUAUAUCCUGUUUGCCUACAUGCUGGUUAACGACACGCUGCAGCUGCUCUCCUCCGUGCUGCUCUUCCUCUUCGUCAUGGCCAAUGUCAACUUUGCCAUCGUCUUCUGCGCUCCUCUGCUGUUCCUCUCCACUGCCACCUUUCAGAACGGGCCGCUCAUCCUGGCCGCCAUGUCGCUGGAACGCUACGUGGCCAUCUUCUACCCGCUGCGGCGCCCCGUCUCCUGGAGGCCUGAGAGGAUCUGGGUGAUCAUGCUGAGCCUGUGGCUGGUCAGCUGCAUUCUGCCCACAGUGGACUUCAUCCUGAUGCGCCCCAAAGCCAACGUAGAUGUUUUGUCUACGCCGGUGGUCUGCAAGACCGCGGUCCUCAAUUCCUCACCCAUUCAGACUCUGUUCAAGGUGGUGGUGAACGGGCUCUUCUUCGCCCUGGUGGCCGUGGUCAUCCUCUUCACCUACAUCCGCAUCCUCCUGGAGACACGCAAGAUGCGGCAGGACCGCGCCUCCGUCAUCAAAGCCCUGCACACGGUGGUGCUGCACGGCUUCCAGCUGCUGCUGAGCAUCAUGGUCUUCACCUUCCCCAUUACAGAGAACCUGAUGGUGCUGUACGUCAACUGGGCGCCGGAGCACAUCGCCUUCGCCAACUACUUCUGCUUUGUCUUGGUGCCUCGCUUCCUCAGCCCCCUUAUUUACGGCCUGCGGGACGAGAGCCUGAGGAGCCACAUGAGACGAGCCAUGCCCUGCAGCCAGGCUCGCAUCAGUCCCAAUAAAACAUAAAAAUAAAAGUCAUAUGAUCCAGACAAGCUGCUUUUUAUUUUAUCUUGAUCUUAUCAACUUUUUUUUUUAUUAACAAUUUUUUUUACUGCAAAUAACCUGUCAGACUUUAAAUGCUUCUCUUCACUGUUGAAACUGUUAAGACUCUAAAGGUGCUGUUGCCAUGUUGGUCAGCCAGACCUCUUUCUGUGCCAGUUACCAGAGUCUUUUGAAGGUGUAGAAAACAGUACUCACCGCUCUCUGGCUUUAUCUGUAAUUUCUCUAAUGAAAAGAAUUAUACUUUUAAUAGUUACAGAGUUCUCUGUGUUUCUGUUUCUUUUUCUAGUUAUUAUGAUGAAAGUGUGAAUGUGCUGUGUGUGUGUAAGUGUGUAAAUGCUGCAAAAGAGAGUAACAGCAGUAACACCGUCUGUUCCAGCACUGCUUUACUACAGACAAAGACUUUGGAAACUCUCAAUUUUAACAUCCAUUUCCAAAUCUCUGUUAAUUUCCAUUACUGCUACAGACUUGUGGUAAGCUCCUACCUUAGUGACUUGUUUCAUAUAUGUCACUCGUUUUUAACAAUACAUUUUUCAGUUUUUAAGUUAAUCUUGUUUUCUGUAAAAGCUCUGUCAGUUUACUGCUAACGUUUGUACCAUUUAAGUCCACUGGAUUUUGUACAAUUGCAAAACAGUGGAAUAAGCAUUUUUAGUUCUGUAAAUAUGAGAAACAGCUUAUACUGUACAGAUAAUUUUCAUGCUUUAAAAAAAUGUAUGAUAUUAAAGUGUUGUGCCAAAGCAUUAUCAUCGUCUGUACGAAUUAGGUCCUGAAAUGGAACUUCAAGUGUGAGCAGCUAAUAUGUUCAGAAAUAUUAUUGCUUGCAUUUAAAUAUGUAAAUAGUAAUGUAAAAAGCUUUUAUUUCACGUCAUUUUGGAGCAAUUCUGUUGAUCUGUUUAUGUACCCUCUUCUUGCACAGCCAUGCCUUUGUAAUGUGUGCAGCAUGUGGUUAUAAACAUUGUCUUAUAAAAAAAAAAUGCAUGAAUAUCCCUGUAAACGAUGUGGCAUAUAUUACAUGUCUAAUAUCUUAGUGUACUUUUCUGCAUAAAUGCUGCAUCACAAAAACUUACUGACACCCCCCAAACGUUUCAAUAAUGCAUGAAAUUGAAUGUUGUAUUCUGAUGCAAUAUUAAAAACUGUUUUACAUUAUGGAGAAAGCAAACAAAUGGGAACAGAAAAGUAAUUAAUCACAUUUUUCAAAACCUGAUAUGAAAUAAUUGUAAUGAUUUUAUCUGAUGUUGAAUUCUAUACCACAUUUAAAAGGCAGUUAAAAAGGUUUCUAUAGUGAAGGCUGUGGUUCUGUAAUGCUUGUUAUUAAAUGGUUCAUAAACAAGAGAAU